GUUCUGGAGGCCCUCCCCACCAAUGAGCAGUGCGCAUGUGUCGCGCUGAAGCUUCCUGUGAAGUGUGCGUGUUUGAUGGAUGACUCCACAAGGCGUUGUGGCCCCGGUAGCCUCACGAGGUUGCGGCUCUGCGGGACCACACCGCCGCGGGAGUGCACGGGCCCCAGCGAGUGAGGUCUGCGGCAGCCCCCGCGGGGCCCGCUGUUCCCGGGCGCGUAGAGGAGCGCAGCCUGCCCCUAGGCCGCGUUCCCGUGAGUUCCAUGCCCACAGUGGCCCAGGCCGGCCACAAGCCCACGGUCUCUUCUGCACGGGCCCUGCCACCUGGGGCCACCGUGGAGGCCCGGAGGGCCCUGGGAGGAGGGAGGAGGAGCCGAGGCUUUCGGGAGAACCCAGCCCUUCACCGGCCAGGGGAGGCCGCGAUGCACCGCGACUGGUUAUGAAGAGCCAGGGGAAGAACUUUCCCGUGCAGCAUUGGCAGAGCUGCCACCAAGAAGAACACAGCACGUUGAAGGUACGAUGGCUCCUGAAGCUGCAGCCCUGAGACCUGAUUCUACCAUAGAAGGUGGGGUGGCUCCUGCAGCUGUAGCCCUGAGGCCUGAUUCCACCACAAGUGCUGCAGCCGGCAGAGGCCACAGGACAUAGGCAUAGCUGGUGAAACCUGCAACGGAGGGUGCCGGGGGCUCCUGGGAGAGCCUCUGUCCCCCCUGAGGAGAGGGGCUGUGCAGAACCUGUGUGCUCUUGUCCUUUCCCCCUUUUUCCUGCUGGGAGUGGGACUUGGUGCUGAGGGUGGCUCCUGCCAUUGGAAGACCCCAGGAUUCUGGGUCAGCGUCAGCGGCUACGUGGGUGGAGGGUGGGGUCAUCCCCGGCACACAGCGGUGCUGCUCUGCUGCUCUGCACUGCUGGGUGUCUCAAAACGUCUCAUCCCUGUAUUAAGCAGGUACUCCCUAGACUUGCAGCCAGAUGUGUACCUUAGAUUUAAAAGAUGGUAGAAUUUCUCUACCAGAACAAAAAAUAGCUUUAAAAAAUAUAAGAUAAAAAGCCAUUCAUAGCCUGGCAUGAUGGCUCAUGCCUGUAAUCCUAGCACAUUGGGAGGCCAAGUCGGGCAGAUCACCUGAGGCCAGGAGUUCAAGACCAGACUGGUCAAAAUGGUGAAACCCUGUCUCUACUAAAAUUACAAAAAUUAGCUAGUCGUGGUGGUACGUGCCUGUAGUCCCAGCUACAUGGGAGGCUGAGGCACGAGAAUCACUUGAACCCAGGAGGUGGAGGUUGCAGUGAGCUGAGAUUGUGCCAUUGCACUCCAGCCUAGGCAACAGAGCAAGACUCCUUCUCCAAAAAAAAAAAAAAAAAAAGCCAUUCACCAUAGUCCACAAUGUAAAAGACCUCUAUGGAGAACAUCAAAAAGUUAUUAAAGAAUAUAAAAGAAAAUCUUCAUAAAUGGAGGAUGCACAGGAUAUUGCAAAGGUGACGGUUCACCACAAAUUGAUCCAUAAAUUUAAUGAAAUUAUAAUAAAAAUCUUUGCAUAAUUUUUAAAAGACUGCUAUGAGCUGAAUCAUGUCUCCCUCAGAUUCAUGCAUUGAAGUCCCAAACCCUGGUACCUGUGGGGGUGGGUGCAUUUGGAAAUAGGACCUUAAAGAGGUGACUAAGGUUAAAUGAGGUGAGGUGAGCUUGAUGUCCUUAACAAGAGGAGCUUAGGACCCAGACACGCACUGUGGGAUGGCCCUGUGAAAACAUAGGGAGAAGAUGGUGUCUACAAGCCAAGAAGAGAGGCUGCAGAAGAAACCAACCCUGCCAAACUGUGAGAAAACAAAUUUUUGUUGUUUAAGCCACCCUGUCUGUGGCACUUUGUUAUGGUAGUAACAAAAUAGCACAGAACCCAAAAGUUUCUGAAGUCUAUAUGGAAAAAUAAAGGCCUAAAAUAACUAUUAAUAAAAUAAUUUUGAAAAAGAAGAUCAAAGAAGAGUAACUCACCAUGUCAUAUUAAGACGUUGUAGAAAGCCAUAGUAAUAAAACAACCCAGUCUAGGCAAGGAUUAGACAGAGACCAACACAAGAGAAGAAGGAUACCACUAAGAAACUCCUGUAGGAACCUGUCCAUGUCUACAGGAAUAAAACAAGAUUGAGAAUUUUGGUAGAGAAUGGGAAACUAAAAGGACAAAAAGGAAAGUCUAGAAUCAAAAAAUACAUUUUAAAACACAGAAGAUUAGACAUGGCUAGAGAGAGAAUUAGUAACCUGGAAGAUCAGAAAAUAAUCCAGAAAAAAAAAAGAGCAUGCAGAAUAGGAUGUUAGGAGGCAAGGGUACACUGUAGAAAGGCCUGACAUGCCAUGUAAUAUUAGAACCAAUGGAAGAAGAG